CAGGAUGCAUCAGAUUCUUUUUUGGGUGGGCACUUUCUGCCCCUCCUCUGGAAACUGACGAAAUCAUGGGUGGACAUGGAAUUUGAACUUGCUGCCGGCUCAUGUCUCCAGUCUUUCCGUGGCCGCCAGGGAAAGAAAGAGCACUGAAGUCUGCUGCUCACUAUUGGAGCAUCAGAGAUAUUUGCGCUUUUUUGUGAAGGGUUGCAUUUGGAGAAUCAGGAAUAGCCAAGACUGCCUACAGGAAAAAAACUGAGAUGUUAUUGGACGUUAAGCACAUCCUCUGGUUGGUCUGUGCCUGCAGCGCUGCUGUAACCAAAGAUGACUCCGCUCGUAGGAUGAGGGUGGAGAGGAGUUCUCCGGUGAGGGGCUCGCUGGCGGAGCAGGUGGUCCUGCCCUGCUAUUUCUCCAUCCUCCCGCCUCCUACCGGCAGCUCCAGCACCUCCACCACUGCAGCCACGGCCUCCAGCGCCCACCCGGACCUGCUCCGCAUCAAGUGGACUAAACUUGUGGGCAAUGAGGAAAUCAUAGUGAUUGUGACCCAGAAUGGGUUCCUCAAGAUCGGGCCGGAGUUUAAAGGCAGGGUAUCGAUUCCCAGCCACUUUGAAGAUGUGGGCAACGCGUCUCUGACCAUAGAGAGGCUCAGGGCCAGUGAUGCGGGCGCUUACCGCUGCGAGGUCAUGCACGGCAUCGAAGACACCCAAGAGUCCGUCUCCCUGAAUGUCAACGGUGUUGUGUUUCAUUACCGCUCCAGCACCGGUCGCUACACUCUAGAUUUCGAGCGCGCCAAGCAGGCCUGCAUUGAUGUGGACGCCACCAUCGCCACGGCAGAGCAGCUUCAUUCAGCCUACGAGGACGGAUUUGACCAGUGCGACGCCGGAUGGCUGGCCGACCAAACCGUCAGAUACCCCAUAACCAGGCCGCGUGAAGGCUGCCACGGCGAUAUGAUACUGAGGCCAGGAGUCAGGUCAUACGGACUCAGAAAUUCCUCUGAAACGUAUGAUGUGUACUGCUAUGUAGGAAAACUGCAGGGUGAGGUGUUUUUCACUGCUGCUGAUGCUAGGAUGACUCUAGCUGAAGCCAGGGAGGAGUGCGAGAGACAGGACGCAGUUUUAGCGUCUCCAGGUCACCUGCAUGCAGCCUGGAGGGCCGGCUUGGACCGCUGUGACUUCGGCUGGCUGUCUGACGGCAGCGCCCGCUACCCCAUCUCUCUACCCAGACAGCAGUGCGGCAGAGGACAGCUGGGCGUGAGGACUAUGUACCGCUUCCUCAACCAAACUGGAUUUCCCUUACCGAGCGAGAAGCUGGGAGCUUUCUGUUUCAAAGGAUGGGAUCCCACAACUGUACCCCCAGCUGGACCCACAACACCUCCGGUUCUCAUAGACAGCCAUCUAAUCUCUUCCCUUAAAGCAGUCUCUUCUAUGCCAGCCCAUGGCACCACAGAAGAGCCACCAUACAUGUUCUCUGCAAGCAUGGCUCCACGUGACAGAGGCACUCCUGAAGUGUAUCCCUCUGCUAAAGCCAUUGCUGUUGUACCAACUGAAGCUGAGAGAAAUUUGGAUAUGGAAACCACAACAUUUAAUGACUAUGAAGACAAAGACAGCUCCUUGGUGCAAGGGGUACCCCAUAGUGUAGAUAACUACUUUGCUGUCCAGUUACCCUCAGCUACACCUACCACACCUGAAAUGCCACAUUAUUCAGAUUCAGUCUCUUCUAUGCCAGCCCAUGGCACCAGAGAAGAGCCACCAUCCAUGUUCUCUGCAAGCAUGGCUCCACGUGACAGAGGCGCACUUGAAGCGAAUCCCUCUGCUGAAGCCAUUGCUGUUGUACCAACUAAAGCGGAGAGAGUUUCGGAUAUGGAAACCACACCAGUCCCUACUACACCUGAAAUGCCCCAUUAUUCAGAUUCCUUCUUCUCUAUCCAGAUUCAACGUCAGCCCACCGCAGGGAACAUGCAUCCUGGGUUGGAAACUCCGCAUGGGGGAGACAAUGAUGUGGAGGGUAGCAGCAGUGGUGACAUGGAUACUUCUGGGAGUGUGAUUCCUACUUCACCUGUGUUUACUACAGACUUGCAAGGAGAUCCAGACAAGCCAAAAAUUGUGUACAAAGAGGAUGAAACCACAGCAAACAUGACUGAAGGAAGUCUUGACUUGGCUGAGUCCACUUUGCUAACCCCAGAUUUAAGUAAAGUGAACUUGCACAGCCAACAGAUUGAUGCCAAGAAGGACGAUGACUUUCCACUGGGCAUCAAUGUGUUCAUAUACAACAUUACGCAGAGAAAUCAAUCAGUUGAUGCUUUUGAUACUAAAGCACUUGAUGCUAUUCUAAAAUUCCUUGGAGAACCAGGGCUUUCUACUCCACUUAUAACGGCUGGUGAAAGUGAGCCACCUUUAGGCAGUGGAGACCUUAUAGGUGAAACAUCAGCUUCUGUUACCAUCACGCCAAAAGUGAGUUUCAUUAACGGAAAGCACGAGUUGACUCUGAAACCAGACACUGACCAAACUCAGGAGGCUAGAGGAGACCAGUUUGACACUGCUAUCCCACCAACAGAAAAAAACAUCCCCGAUGAUGAGAUAGAAAUACUUACGGAGGAUGCUGAAGGCACCACAUCUUCCCCUGAAACAGACGAAUCUGGCUCAACAACCAGAAGCCAAACUGAGCCUCAUUUCUCAACAAAGAGCUUGGAAAGUAUAACCAUGACAGAGCUGCCCACAUUUUCAACCAAAUCUCCAAGCCAGGAAAUGACCCCACAAGCCAUAUCAUUAAGCAUGCACGAAGAAGGUUCGGGGAUGCGCACAACAGAUGAUGAUGAGGAACUGACCGCCUUGGAAGGUUCUGCGGAUGACACACUUCCAACAACUAAUGACCCAUUUGUGGUGGCUACCGACGAGACUGAAAUAGCUGAAACAGAGAAGACUACACCGGCAUUUGGGGUUGACUGCAAUACCAAAGGACCAAUUGUUACAACUCCAGAAGCCAGUACUGUAGAAAUGAAGACAACAGAGAACAGAAAAAUGAAACCAGAAACAGAAGAUUUUGAAGGCUCAACCUCCACUGAAGACGAGGGCUCGGGACAAGAUAUAUAUGCAACAGAAGAAUCAAAACACACAACUUUAUCUCCAUCUUUCACUGUUUCAUCUCACAGCUUUACAAGUUCCUUAACAAGUGCUUAUCCCAAAGAGCCAAGGCAACCUGUUAGUUUAGUUUUGCCCAGUAUACAGCCUACGAUUCGGGUGGUUUCAACUUUUCAAACAGAGGCAAUCUCAGAAGAAAGCACUCCUUAUAUUACACACUCUGAGAAAGACCAAGACACAAGUACAACUAAGAGUCCUUUAUUGGUGCCUGAGAUUGAAAAAGAUGUAAGUACAAUCUGCACCAUCUCUGAGGACAUCAGCUCUGGUGAUCAGCCAACUGAAGCAUUCUCAAAACAACCUUUCUCUGCAACUACUGUUCCAUCCCUUCUCAUUCAACAAACUGAAGAAAUGAGCGUUGGUGCAUAUGAUGAAGCAACUAAAGUAUUUGAAGGUUCUGCAGAAGACACAGCACCAUUGAUUUUCACUAGUGUCCAAACCCAAACAAAAUUCACUACCCAAAGUUCAGAAACCACCAUUCUGCCCACGGAUAGUCUUAGAGCAGUAAUGUCUUCCUCCCAAGAAACUGUUCUAAUCCAAAAAACACCUUCAGAAGAGGCAACCACCUCAGUGCAGUCAUCAGGGACUUCAGGCUCCCAAGAAACUGAUUUAAUCCAAGAAUCACCUUUAGAAGAGACAACCACCUCAGUGCAGUCAUCAGGGAAUUCAGGCUCCCAAGAAGCUGAUCUGAUCCAAAAAUCACCUUCAGAAGAGACAACAACCAAAGUGCAGUCAUCAGGGACUUCAGGCUCCCAAGAAACUGUUCUGAUCCAAGAAUCCCCUUCAGAAGAGACAACCACCUCAGUGCAGUCAUCAGGGACUUCAGGCUCCCAAGAAACUGAUCUAAUCCAAAAAUCACCUUCAGAAGAGACAACAACCUCAGUGCAGUCAUCAGGGACUUCAGGCUCCCAAGAAACUGUUCUGAUCCAAGAAACACCUUCAGAAGAGACAACCACCUCAGUGCAGUCAUCAGGGACUUCAGGCUCCCAAGAAAGUGAUCUAAUCCAAAAAUCACCUUCAGAAGAGACAAUCACCUCAGUGCAAUCAUCAGAGACUUCAGAAGAGAUAACACAAGAAAUAUCACUUUCUACAUUUGGAUUCUCAAUGGAGAAGCCUCUCACCUCAUUUACCCAAGUUUCCAGUUAUCCCACCACCAGUGUUGCUACAGACUUAAAUGUGAAAGAGCCAGUUCAGGUCUUGGAUAGGGCAACUACUUCUGCUACAGAAGACGUUUUCACCACCCCCAAAGCCACAAGUACUGUGGCAUUUGAAGAGAAUGUUGUAGAUUAUGAAGAUGUGGCGGGUCCCUCAAUUGUUGAAGGACAACCACCAUCCAGGGAAGAGUUCACCACAAGAAAACCAGAAGUCUGGAGAGAUUCCAGCUACACUGUUGAGAGCCAUAUGGAGGAUUUGCAAGGUCUCACACUUUGCUUUGUCAGUGUGUGUGAAAAUGGUGGAACUUGCUAUUCUAAUGGAAAAGGAAACACAUGUUUCUGCAUGCCUGGAUACAGUGGGGAACAUUGUGAAAAUGACGUUGACGAAUGCCAGUCAAACCCUUGUCGCAAUGGUGGAACAUGCAUUGAUGGGUUAAACUCUUUCAGUUGUGUCUGUCUGCCCAGCUAUUCAGGACCCCUCUGUGAGCAAGAUACGGAGGUUUGUGACUUUGGCUGGAACAAGUUUCAGAGCCACUGCUAUAAGUACUUCACACACCGGCGGACAUGGGAAGCAGCGGAAAGAGAGUGUCGUCUGCAGGGCGGUCACCUCACCAGCGUCCUGUCCCAUGAAGAGCAGCUCUUUGUUAAUCGUUUGGGACAUGACUAUCAGUGGAUCGGACUGAAUGAUAAAAUGUUUGACAAUGAUUUCCGCUGGACUGAUGGACACCCUAUGAACUGGAGAGUGGGUCAGCCAGACAGCUUCUUCUCCACAGGCGAGGACUGCGUUGUGAUGAUCUGGCAUGCGAGCGGCCAGUGGAACGACGUGCCGUGCAAUUACCACCUGACCUUCACCUGCAAGAAGGGUACAGUGUCCUGCGGUCAGCCUCCUGUCAUAAAGGACGCCCAAAUCUAUGGCAGCAUGAAGGCACGCUAUGAGAUCAACUCUCUGGUCAGGUACCACUGCAAGGACGGCUUCAUCCAAAGACACGUUCCCACUAUCAGAUGCCGAGAAGACGGCCACUGGGACAAGCCCAAAAUCACAUGCUUGAAUCCAUCUACCUACCAGAAGAUGUAUGCACACAAAUAUCAAAACAAUAACUAUUACAACAACAGUAAGAUACGCUAUAGCGAGUCGACGCAGUACCGUCAUGUCUGGUCAAAAACAGCAGAUGAUUCCAGACACUGAUCUCCAUCCAGAGCUACAGAUGCUUCACAUCUACAGAGAAAGUCUAAAGGGGUGAAGCCAAACCAUGUGCCUGAUGAAUGUUUUCGAGCCGAGAAGUGAAUUACCCUGAGGGGCUGCAAAAAAACACCAUCACCCACCCACUGAGAGUGUACUUUGACUAUGCAACAGUCAACAUUGCAUAUUGUAAUAAUGUCUUAAUGUUUUGACAUGGGGAGGGGGGUUUCUUAUUGAAAUGUAUAUAGUAGAGAUAAUGAACAAGUAAAAACAGCUGUGAAUGGUGACUGUUAUUUUGUUUAAUUCAUCCAUAACUUUUGCUUACGAAGAACUGGAUUUCCUGUUCUCUCUGGCACAAUAAGAGUGCACUAUGGUACGAGCAGAGUAUAAACAGAACAAUUACAGUACGCAAGAGUAAAAGAACAAUAGGCAUUAUAUUGUUUCACAUUGUGGUGAGGGGGGUUCAAAAGAGAUGUCACGGGGCUGGAGGACAAACAAUGCUGAAAGGACUGCAAAUCAUGACUGGAAAACAAAUCUUCAACAUCGUCUUCCCCGGCAGCAUCCUCACUGGUUGUGAGGAUUACUCAGAUAACAUCAAACCAUUGUACACUCUCAUAAUCAUAUU